AGAGAGAGAGACCGUGGGCCGGUGUAAAACAGCCAGGCGAGGAAGAGAGAGAGAGACCGGGCCGGUGUAAAACAGCCAGGCAAGGAACCCGGGGAGCCGAACAAUGGUGAUGUGAACCGCCAUAAUCUCGUAUCGCCACAGGUCGAGUUGAAGCGGUGCGUGUACAGCCAUGGGGAAGGACUACUACAAAACCCUGGGCAUCCCCAAGGGCUCCAACGAGGAGGAAAUCAAGAAGGCCUAUCGCCGCAUGGCCCUGCGCUUCCACCCUGACAAGAACACGGAGGCCAACGCGGAGGAGAAGUUCAAGGAGAUUGCAGAGGCCUACGAAGUGCUUAGCGACCCGAAGAAGAGGCUGGUCUAUGAUCAGCUGGGUGAGGAAGGUUUAAAGACAGGAGGCAGCAGCUCUUCGGGUGUUCCUGGUACCUCAACACACCACUACACCUUCCAUGGAGACCCCCAUGCCACCUUCGCCUCCUUCUUUGGUGGCUCCAACCCCUUCGACAUGUUUUUUAGUGCAAACCGCAGCCACGGCCGCGGCAACGGCUUCUCCUUCCACAACGACCACAAUAACGACCCCGAGCAGGAAGUGGACAUGGAGGAGGAUGACUCUUUCGCUCACUUCGGUAGGCACUUCGUUUUUCCUGGAGGGGUGAACAACGGGGAAGGUCGCAGAAGGAAGGGUGGACCCUCGGAGCGCCGGGGGGCAGCUCGAAAACAGCAGGACCCCCCGGUGGUCCACGAGUUGAAGGUCUCGCUGGAAGAGAUCUUCCACGGCUGCACAAAACGCAUGAAGAUCACUCGCCGCAGGCUGAAUCCGGAUGGAAGGACUUUGAGGGCCGAGGACAAGAUUCUCAAUAUUGUGAUCAAGAAAGGCUGGAAGGAAGGGACCAAGAUCACCUUCCCCAGGGAAGGAGACCAGACCCCUGAGAACAUCCCUGCUGACAUUGCCUUUGUGCUUAAAGACAAGGGGCAUGUCCACUUCAAGAGAGACGGUUCCAAUAUAAUUUUCACCUGCAAGAUUAGUCUCAAAGAGGCGUUGUGCGGCUGCACGGUCAGCAUCCCCACGCUGGAGAAGCGCGUCAUCUCGCUGCCGUGUCAUGACAUCAUCCGACCCGGAACGGUGAAGCGACUCAGAGGGGAAGGCCUUCCUUUCCCCAAGAACCCGUCGCAGCGCGGGGACCUCAUCGUGGAGUUUUCCGUCCGGUUCCCAGACAGGAUCCCGCCCCAGUCCAGAGAGAUCAUCAGACUCCACCUGCCUCCGUCGUAGGAAGAAUCACAGACAAAGAUGGCGGCGGAAACCUUCUCGGCAUUGAGAACACCUCCCUCAUGAGUGAUGUUGGUGCUCUCAGCGUUCAAUGAUGGAGGUAUACGCGCACCGGACACUUCAUUAGGUACACCUGAAAAUACUGCCUUUACAAAGAUAAUGCUUUUUUUUCUUUUUUUCUUACUCGUUCAGCUUCACAAGAGUGACAAAUGUGUACUGUGUACAAAUUCCCUCAAAUAGUGGCCUCCACUUUAAUAAUAAAUGGUACGCCUCAUGGUACUUGCUGAAUUUCCCCCAGGGAUCAAUAAAGUACUUUCUAUUCUAUUCUAUUCUAUUCAAUAAUCGCCAACUACCGUAUUUUUCGAACUAUAAGUCGUAGUUUGGCCGGGGGUGCGACUUAUACUUAUGUGUGAAAUUAUUAACACACUACCGUAAAAUAUCAAAUAAUAUUAUUCAGCUCAUUCACGUAAGAGACUAGACGUAUAAGAUUUCAUGGGAUUCAGCGAUUAGGAGUGACAGAUUGUUUGGUAAACGUAUAGCAUGUUCUAUAUGUUAUAGUUAUUUGAAUGACUCUUACCAUAAUAUUAAAGUUAAAGUACCAAUGAUUGUCACACACACACUAGGUGUGGUGAAAUGUGUCCUCUGCAUUUGACCCAUCCCCUUGUUCACCCCCUGGGAGGUGAGGGGAGCAGUGGGCAGCAGCGGUGGCCGCGCCCGGGAAUCAUUUUUGGUGAUUUAACCCCCAAUUCCAACCCUUGAUGCUGAAUGCCAAGCAGGGAGGUAAUGGGUCCCAUUUUUAUAGUCUUUGGUAUGAACUCACAACCCACCGAUCUCAGGGCGGACACUCUAACCACUAGGCCACUGAGUAGGCGAGAAUGCAUUGGCCGGGAAUCGGACCCGGGUCUCCCGCGUGGAAGGCGAGAAUUCUACCACUGAACCACCAAUGCCUGUAUGUUACGUUAACAUACCAGGCACGUUCUCAGCACGUCAUAUAACGUACACUUAUUCAGCCUGUUGUUCACUAUUCUUUAUUUAUUUUAAAUUGCCUUUCAAAUGUGUAUUCUUGGUGUUGGGUUUCAUCAAAUAAAUUUCCCCAAAAAAUGCGACUUACAGUAUAUAUAUUUUUUCUUUCUUUAUUAUGCAUUUUCGGCCGGUGCGACUUAUACUCGGAGCGACUUAUACUCCGAAAAAUACAGUAUGUGGCCAAAAAAAUGCCACACCUCAAAUAAAUGUACCCUAAGGAAAUGGAUUCUACUUUGUACUUAAGACACUUGAUUACCACCACGUGUCUUGUCUUGCCAGAUGUUAUCAAUAAUAUCAAUAUCAAUAAAUUAUUGGUAAAUUGUAAAAAUAUGUUGCGCCAUAACGCAUUCUACAGUAUGAAAAUAAUUGUUAUACAUAUACUUUUUAUUGAAACCUUUUGUUAUAUAUUUAUUAUUAGUGUUUUAUUUAAUCCUCAGGGGACAAAGGCAGACUUUUUGGACGUUUCAGUAAAUUUUAGCUAUACUUUUGCCAUCAUUCUUGUUGUGUUACUCCAUUAUACGUGAUUUUUCUUCAACAUGUUUUUUUUUUUUGGGAUGUUAAAUUUUUCACUUUACAAUGUCCAAUUCUUUCACAGGUUCAUAUAUUUGGGUUAUGAAUAUUUUAGAUUAUUUUUUUGCCCUCAAAUCUCUCAAUCAACUUCAGCCCAUGUGACAACACAUUACGCAAUAGUGGUGCAUUAUGUAAUAAGGUUAUACAUUUGUAUCUCGUUAUGUAACACAGCCGCGUUUUGUAAUAAUUGGCCGCGUUCUGUAAUAAAAUGAUUGAACGCAUUUUGUAAUAAACUUUGACAAAAUUUGUGAUUACUUGUUACAUAUUGCAAAAUGUAUUACAAAAGGCAGGUGCUGCAUAAAAGUAGAUGCAAUGUAACAAUUUGGUGCAUUUAUGUAUUUAGACCUUUGAAAUUGAUGCCUCGCAACAAAAAAAAUGUCAUCUUCAUUAACAUGUAUUUUAAGAGGCUAGUAGGAUGUUUCAUUGGUCAAACAUUAAUCAAAUGUUCAUAGACUAAUUAAUGUUGGGUGGGGCUCUGAUCAUUUUACUAAACAAAGCAAUGAAAUUUUAGGGUUUACAACAUAAUUCACCAAAUUGUUAUGUUUAAUAGAAAAAAAACGCAACCCUCGCAUUAUGUAACACCUUUUGCAAUAUGUAACAAGCUAUUACAAAAUGCAACAAUGUUUGCAAUGUGUAACAAGCUAUUACAAAAUGCAACAAUGUUUGCAAUAUGUAACAAGUUAUUACAAAAUGUAACAACUUGGGUAAAAUAUAACAACUUGCAGUAUGGAACACGUUUUUACAAAAUGUAACAACCUUUGCCAUAUACAACAAGUUUACAAAAUG